AAGCAGGGUGGUACUAAAGUUUCCAAUAUUUUUCACAUUUUGAUGUUUUUAUUUUAGAGCCACCCUGUUUUUAGAGACGCUGUCAGCUUUAUUUUGUUCCUGACCAGAUUGUUCAGCAGUUUCACAAAUAACUGAAAUGGAUAAUCAGGAAUGCCGAAUUUGUAUGACACCGCAAAAUAAUUCAGUGUUUGUGGAUAUUUUCGUGCAUACCAUUGUCACAGGAAAUACGGAACUCUAUCUCUGCGAUGCCAUCCAAGAACUAACUGAUUUAAAGAUCUACAAAGGUGAUGGGAAACCCGAAGCAAUUUGUCAGGAUUGCGAGAGUCGCCUCCACAGCGCUUAUGAGCUCAAAAUUCUCGCUGAAGAAUCCGACAAGAAGUUUGUCACAGAGGAGGUAUCAAUGGUGGAAGAGGAAGAGAAGAAGACUAUAAUUGAACGAUAUGAGUACAGUGUGGAGACAAAGGAAGACGGAAUAGUGGUGGAGAAGGAAGAUGAGGAGACUGAGGAAAUUGAUGCAGUCUCCUUUGUACUGAAGUACAUUCCGGAGACAGUGGCAGAGCUCCAUAAGCGCUCCGAGAGUGGACGCAGUCGAAAGCCGGUAGACUACAAGGAUAGGAAACACGAGUGCACUGUGUGCUCCAAGAGAUUCCUCCGGCGUUCCAAUCUCAUCGACCACCUGCGACUUCAUGCAAAUCAGCGUCCCUUCGAAUGCGAGUACUGCAGCAAAACCUUCGUACAGUCUGGCAAUUACAAAUCGCACCUUCGAAUUCACACGAAGGAACGUCCCUAUGAGUGCAAAGUAUGUCAUAAGAGCUACAAUCAGCCAAGUGCCCUCAAAGUUCACAUCCGGACGCAUACAAUGGAGAAGAAUUACGUGUGUCCUGUGUGUGAGAAGCGCUUCACAAACUCCUCGGACCUGUCGAAGCACAAAAGGAUUCAUGAUGAAGUGAAGAAGUAUACCUGCGACUUUUGCUCCAAGGACUUCGCUCAGAAUGUCAACUUGAAGAAACACAUCCGGAACAAUCACAGAGAGGCGCUGGAGCUGGCGUCUGAAAAUAAGAAGAUGGACAUCAUUGAGGUAAUUGUUUAAAUCUCAAAUUGCUCUAAUAGAAUGCAGUUUCCAAUACAACGAACAAUGUGCUCGCGUCCUUAUUUUUUUUUCCUUCAGUGUUCAGGAGGAAUUUCUUUGUGUCCUUUUGAUUGAAAUCUCUAAAUAUAAAAUUGAUUCUUUGUCAACUCAAUUUGGCAUUUAAAGAGAAGCUCAUCUUUAAAAGAUGUUUUGUAGUCUCAAACACUGAUCAGGACAAAACAUUGUUCGCUGUAGAAGAUUCAGUUUAUAAGUCAUCCCCCCUACUUAUUAGGUUCAAUGAUAAAUGAUCAGAGAUUAAAAUUUGUUUAAUAAAAUAGAACAUCUUUGUAGCAGGAA